AUUUAAUUCUUUCGAAUCCAGCGCGCUAAUCUCUGACCUGCCCUUGCGCUGUAAAUAGUAAUAAAGACCCCGGGAAAGAAGCAGCACAGUCAAAGGUACGAAAAGCGCUAGAAAUAGAGGGCGUGGGCCUGCCGGCUGUGCGGGCAAUUCAGGAGCCGGGCCGCCCGCGCUCUCGGAGCAGCCAAAGCCAUGCACCGCAGCCUCGACGCAACAAACCCGUAUACUCAACAUACACACACACACGCACAAACCAUCACCUUAGUCAUGUCCAAGACCCAGUUUGUCCGCGAAUAUAAGCUCGUCGUUGUUGGCGGCGGUGGUGUCGGAAAGUCGGCCCUGACCAUCCAGUUCAUACAGUCGCACUUUGUCGACGAAUACGACCCUACAAUUGAAGGUAAGCCACUUCUGCAUGCUGCUCCCAGCCGCAGCUGGUGGAGCUGGUACUAUACAUGCGCUGUUGGCACGUUGGCAUGCCCACGGAUGGUGCCAUUUCUAAACAUCCAUCCCAUGUACUAUACGUAGACUCGUAUCGCAAGCAGUGCGUGAUCGACGACGAGACCGCGAUGCUCGAUGUCCUCGACACUGCCGGCCAGGAGGAGUACAGGUACGCGCCUUUAUGU